UUUCCUAUUCACACCCCUCAAACCACCGGGUGUGCAAUGCUGUGCCCUGAUUGGUAGAACUACCCGUCAGUUCCCGGUAUGUGCUGCCUAUGACGGAAAGAGGUCAAAGAACAACACAGCUCAUUGAUCCGAAGUUAUUGUCUACGGACUGCGUAAAGGGUCAUUAUUCUGCAGGAGGGGACUCUCUUUCGUGCGCUCUCUUUUCAUGACCAUCACCGCCGCCGUCCGGGGGGCUCCGGCACCGGCAUGUACGGUGGCGGGGGCCGCGUCUGCUCCCACGCCGGCGCCUCCUGCGGCGCGGUCCUUCUUCAGACACGUGCGCUUUGAGAACUUGGUGGCCGGGCUGAGCGGCGGGGUCGUCUCCACGCUGGUGCUGCAUCCCCUGGAUCUAGUGAAGAUCCGCUUCGCAGUGAGUGAUGGCUUGCAACUCAGACCAAAAUACAAUGGACAAGGUCCAUCGCUCACUUGCUUUAUUCACGAAUGCAUCUGGAAACCAUGGAAAGAGUUACGUGGUCUGUACCAAGGGGUAACUCCAAAUAUAUGGGGAGCAGGUGUCUCUUGGGGUCUCUACUUUUUCUUCUAUAAUGCCAUUAAAGCUUACAAGACAGAGGAUAAGGCAGAAAACUGGCGGGCUUGGAGCUGGCUGAACUUACCUGAGUGUCGGCUGCUGAGGCACAAUGGAGCAAUGACCCUCUGUAUUACAAACCCCAUUUGGGUGACAAAGACUCGGCUUGUGUUACAAUAUGAAGCUGGUGUUGAUCCAUCAAAGAGGCAGUACCAGGGGAUGGUAGAUGCCCUUAUAAAAAUAUAUAAGAGUGAAGGCAUACGUGGCUUAUACAAGGGUUUUGUACCUGGUCUGUUUGGAACAAGUCAUGGAGCAUUGCAAUUCAUGGCAUAUGAAGAACUUAAGUCAAAAUAUAAUAAGCAUUGGAACAGGCCAUCAGAUUCAAAACUGAGCACUUCAGAGUAUAUUGCUAUGGCAGCAUUGUCGAAAAUUUUUGCCGUUUCAGCAACAUAUCCAUAUCAGGUCGUGAGGGCACGGCUCCAGGAUCAGCACAACAGAUAUUCGGGAGUAGUGGAUGUAAUUCGUAGAACAUGGAGGAAAGAAGGUGUUCAUGGAUUUUACAAAGGAAUUGUACCUAAUGUACUCAGAGUUACGCCUGCAUGCUGCAUUACAUUUGUUGUGUAUGAAAAAGUAUCCCAGUUACUUAGCUUUAAAAAUAGCAGCUGAAUCCUGAAGAUUGCAUCAAGAAGAGGAUCAGUAUCAAAUACCUGCCGGUUUUAAGACUUAAUUUAUCUGUUAUUCAGAGAAGAAUCAAGAAUAGAGCACAUUUUGUUUUGACAGAGACAGUGGAAUCUGAAAGUCUGCUCCUGGAAUUUUCCACCACAACUUUGCGUCUGAGAGGCUAGAUGCAGCUCAGAAAUAACACGGCAUAUUUUAAUUUAUUCUAUAGUGAAUGCCCUCUUUAGCUCUGUUCUGUGAAUAGCAAUGGACUCUGAAUUGAGAAAUGGCAGAAAGGUCAUGAAGUCAGAAUAUUAGAAGGUACAAUAUUUGGGAUGCUGCAAAUAUAAGGGGGUCACCAAGUUAUAUCACUAAUAAAUGGUGUGUAUUUGU